AUGGAUCUCGUCCUCGAGAUUGCCGACACGUACGCGCUCGACAAGAUCUGGGCAGCAGCUUGGCCCGCCUUGCCACGCUCUCUCGACCCUUCCACACUGGCAUCAGCAGCCUCCACCUCCUCAGUUUCAAGCAGCAACUUCACCUCCCUUCUCGGUCUGUCUUCCGACGCGGCAACAUGGGCUGCAUCCGCUAGCACCUCGGCGCUAUCGCCCUCCAACUGGUUCGCCAACACCGUGCUCAAGGAUGCCGUCGCCUCCUCUCUGAGCGGCAACAACGUCGACUGGUCCGCGCUCAAACAUGUCUCGGCGUUGCCAAGGGACAACAUCAUCCGUCAGACUGUGUCUCUGCUCAUCCUGACCUACAUCGGCAUCCUCGUGCUCUACUUUUCCUUUGCUGGUCUUUCGUACAAGUACAUCUUCAACAAGGAAAUGGAGAAGCACCCGCGUUUCCUCAAGAAUCAGGUGCAGCUCGAGAUCAAAGCUUCCAUGGACGCCUUCCUCCCACUCGACUUUCUGACCGUGCCAUGGUUCGUGAUGGAAGUCCGUGGUCACAGCAAGCUCUACAACAACAUCUCCGACUACGGUUGGGGCUACGCCGCCCUCUCUAUCCCUCUUUUCCUCGUCUUUACCGACUUCCUCAUCUACUGGGUGCACAGGAUCGAGCACCACCCGAGACUGUACAAGCACAUCCACAAGCCGCACCACAAGUGGCUCGUGCCCACGCCUUUUGCCAGUCACGCCUUCCACCCUCUCGAUGGAUACGUGCAGUCGUUGCCCUACCACAUCUUCCCCUUCGUCUUCCCGCUUCACCGCGUGGUGUCGAUCUGCCUGUUCGUGUUUGUCAAUCUGUGGUCGAUCCUGAUCCACGACUCGGAUAUGAUCUGCAACUCGCCACUGGAAAAGAUCAUCAACGGACCAUCGCAUCACACGCUGCAUCAUCUGUUCUUCACAUGCAACUACGGUCAGUACUUUACCUUCUGCGAUCGUGCAGGUGGAUCGUACCGUGCACCCAAGAUGGAGGAUGAUCCAUUGUUGGCGGUGGUCGCGGCCGAGGAGAAGGAGAAGCUCGCGGCCAAGAAGAAGCAGCAGGCUGAGGCGGUGGCCAAGAAGGUCGAGGAGUUGGGUUCGUCGGCCGAGUCGGAUAGCAGCAGUGGUGACGAGGGUGUGGUCAUCAAGAAGGAGUCUAGGAAGAACAAGUAG